UGGGCCGCGUGCCGCGAGGGGCGAGAUGGAGGAACAGGUGGCGGUGGUGGCGCAGCUGGAGAGCCUGGCCUUUGAGCCCGCCACGCAGGGGGCUCCUGCCCCGCAAGGGCCGCCGGGCGAGGAGCGGCCGGCAGCGGCGGACGGGCCGGCAGCGGCGGAGGGGUCGACGAGCCCUCCGAGCCCCUGGGAAGGAGGAAGGCCAGGGGAAGACCAUGCCUCGCCGUCCCUAGCCGAGGGAGUGUGCAGCCUCCCGCUGCCGGCGGAGCGUCCCAGCGCACCUCCCGCCGCCGUCCCCUCGUCGGAUUCGGACAGCGAUACAGAUUCAGACAGUUCGUCAACUACAUCCUCUUCUUCAUGUUCUUCUUCAAUACUGUCUGAUGAAGACGAUCAUCCAAAUGAGAAGGGUAACAGAUCUUACUGUGUUAAAACGAAAGAUGAGUUGACUAUUAAUAAACUACCUCCUGUUGAAGACUUAACAAUAGUUCUUCCUGAUGAUAUUGAACUGAAGCUCUUUGGGACAGUUUCCAGCAUCAUUGAGCAGCUAGUAAUAAUUGAAUCACUGAGAGGCCUACCUCCUGUAAAUGAAGACAGCAUAAUUUUUAAAGAAGAUCGGCAAGCAGCAGGAAAGAUAUUUGAGAUAUUUGGUCCUGUUUUACAUCCCUUUUAUGUGUUAAGAUUUAACAACUCUGAGCAUAUCAAAGCAAAACGUAUUAAUGUGCAAGAUAGCAUGUAUUUUGCUCCGUCAGUGGAGGACUUCACCCAGUAUAUAUUUGCAGAGAAACUGAAACAGGAGAAAGGUUCAGAUGCAUCUUGGAAGAAUGACCAAGAACCACCACCUGAGGCCUUAGAUUUCAGUGAUGAUGAAAAAGAAAGAGAAGCAAAACAGAAGAAGAAGAAGUCUCAAAGUCAAGGAAAGAAAACAUUCACAUCAGAAAUAAAUGCAUCAAAUUGUUUUAAAGGACGUCGUUGGCCAAUGCAACAGCCUUCUUCAAGUUAUUCAAGGGGAUACCGUGGCAGAGGAUUCUACAGGGAUUCCUUUCCUCCUCCAUCAGGACCUCCGGGUUUUUGGACACCAGAAGCAAGACCGCCACAGCUGUACUCUUCAGACAACAGAAUGCAUCAGGAAUACCCAGUGUUUCCACAACCUCAUAGAGAAGAAGAUCCAAUGAUGCAGCAGUAUCCCUUUCCUCCUCCGGGUUUUGGUUCUGUUAAUGAUGUGCCUCUAUUACACCUUCCACCUUCAAAUCCGAAUAUGAUCUGGACAGACCCAAACACGUACAACUCAUCAUACCCAUUUUUACAGCUGCCACCUCCUCCACCGCCGCCUCCUCCCCCUCCCCCAGAUAGCCAUCCGUCUCAGUUCAGGCCUUACUAAGUUUCCAUAAAUGUGCAUGCAGAGCACUGCAGUUUAAAGGGAGGACGAACAGGCUGCCAAGACUGUGUUCCUUUAUUUUGGAGGUGCUUCAUUUUUCUGCAACAGUGCAAGAGAGUUUGAUGCUCUGUGGGACAUUCAUAGAAAACUGUUUUUUUUCUAUAUAUGUUUCCUCUUUCAAAAAAGAAAACUAUAUUAUAAAAAUAACUGAAUAUUAAAUAAUGGUUUAUUUUUAUAAUAUCUGCUAGUUUGGAAAUAAAAUCAUUUUGGAUACUGGUAUGUGGUCAUGGAAAUCUAUUUUGUAAUAAAUGUAAGAGUUUAUAGAAAUACUGUCUAACAGUGAUGACAUAUCUCAUACUAGGUAUUUCAGUACUUUUAAAGUGGCUGUAUAUUGCUAUGCUAACUAUUUUUCUCAAUUUCUGCAAGUCUUGAAAUCUACUUACAUGGAAUCUAAGAA